AAGGAGUGCCACAAUAGACACGACAAAACUAGAGCAGAGGACUUCGCUGACGUGCAGGGAUACAGGAUUGCCGCAACGUGCAGGGAUAAGACAUCCAUCCACCCAGUCCCGUUUUCUUGCAUCAAUUUACAAAAUGGCUACAGAGGACGCGUUCAAAGACGAGGAGGAAUAUUCAAAAAUAUUCGAAGUGUUUUCACGUGGACGCCUUGAACAUGAACGAAUUUGGGUUGCUAACAAACUGGUGCCUAAACUUGUGCAGAAAUUAAGCCUGAAGUCGAACAGCUCUGACUUCUCUGUCCUGGCUGUUGGUUCAGGCAUCGGCGCUUUUGAUAUUAUGCUUCUGGAAGAACUAAUGCAAGGAGCUAAAGAUUUUUUGGGUCAAAGGAAAAUCAGAUGGGUUGUGGUUGACCCUAAUGUUUCUUCAGUGAAGAGAUUCAAAGACGAUAUCGAAAACAGGACGGAAAAAUUCGAUAAAGUAGAAUUUGAGUGGAUUGAUAAAAGCUUUGAAGAGUAUUCCAGCGAGAACCUGGCAAGCGACGUAAAGUUUGACUUUAUUCACUUUGUUCAUAUCUUGUAUUAUGUGGACGAAGACAAAGUACUACAAAGUGCCUAUGAGCAGUUUUUGAAUAAACCAGGGUUGAUGCUUUGUGUUGUCGGAAGCAAAGGCGACAUAUGGGUGAAUCUAAUUGAUUCAUUUAGCGCCAAAAUUGAAUCAUUGGGGAAAGAGCUGCACUAUCCAACAAACGUUGAAUUGUGUCAAAUAGCCAAAGGUCAUACAUGGGACUGUGAUGUAUUUGACGGGAAGCUAGAUUUGGAGGUGUCCCAAAUAUUUAUCCCAGGCCACCCGGGAGGAAAGGCCCUGCUGCAGUUUUUCUUGCAUACCAGGAAUGACCCAAAAGAAAUGGUCGGCGAAAAACUGUACGCUGAAUUGACGGAAUUUUUCAAAUCUCAGAGCUGGGAAGUAGUUUCCGAUGGAUCAAGAAAGUUUUUCGUAAAUGAUAACGAAGGGAUCUUACUAAUUUACAAGUAAUCAGAUUUUUGAAUGAAAUUCAGUAAAGCAUAUUGUU